AUGGAGACCCAGCUUCUUUCUUUUAACUUCAUUACUUUCUUGCUUUUCAUAUACUUCAUCACCUUGUUGGUUAAGGGAUGGAAGAAAUCAAAUUCCCUUGACAAGCAUAAAAAAUUGCCCCCAAGUCCGUCGGAGUUGCCUGUGAUUGGACACCUACACCACUUAAUGGGUGCACUCCCACACCGUGGUCUAAGAGAUUUAGCAAAAAAAUAUGGGCCGAUCAUGCAUCUGAAGCUUGGUGAAGUUUCUACCAUUGUCAUAUCGUCGCGUGAAAUGGCUAAAAAUAUUUUAACAGCGCAUGAUCUUGCUUGUGCAGACAGACCAGAAAGUAUAGGAAUGAAGAUUUUGUGGUACAACUAUACCAAUAUUGCCUUUAGUCCGUAUAAUGACUAUUGGAGGCAAAUGCGUAAAGUGUGCAUUGUAGAGCUCUUAAGUAGCAAAAAUGUCCGAUCAUAUAGCUCCAUAAGGAUAGACGAGACUUCACGUCUUGUUAACAAUAUCCGGUCGUCUUCUGGACAACUCAUCAAUCUAACUGACAAUAUCUUCACAUUCACGAGUUCAAUCACAUCUAGAGCAGCAUUCGGCGAGCUACUGAGGGAUCAAGACACUUUGAUAAAGUUCAUGAAAAAAGGAAUCGCCUUGGCUGCAGGAUUUGAUUUGGCUGAUUUCUACCCGACAAGAAAUUUCUUUCAGUACGUCUCUUGGAAUAAAUUUAAAUUGUUGAAGAUGCGGCGUGAACAAGAUUUAAUUCUUGACCGCAUCAUUGACGAGCACAAAGAUAACCGAGCUAGAGGAAAAGGAAGCAAUGGGGAGUUGGGAAGUGAGGACAUAAUCGAUGUUCUACUCAGGUUACAACAAAGUGGAGAGCUUGAUGUCCCUAUUACUAAUGACAACAUCAAAGCAAUCAUUUUCGACAUGUUUACAGGAGGAACUGAAACAACCACCACAGCACUUGAUUGGCUCAUGGCAGAGUUAGUGAGAAAUCCACGUGUGAUGGCAAAGGCACAAGCUGAAGUAAGACAAACUUUUGAAGGAAAGAAGACAAUCGACGAGAGUGAUUGUCAAAAUCUGAAAUAUCUGAAAUUGAUUAUCAAGGAAAACUUUAGGAUACACCCCGUCGUUCCAUUACUUCCAAGAGCAUGCAGAGAAGAAUGUGAAGUUGAUGGGGGGUAUACUAUACCCGUCAAAGCAAAAGUUACCGUUAAUAUCUGGGCAUUGGGAAGAGAUCCAGAAUAUUGGGAUGAACCAGAAAGUUUUAAACCAGAGAGAUUCGAGAAUAGUACUCUUGAUUUCCUGGGAAAUAACUUUGAAUAUAUUCCAUUUGGAUCAGGAAGAAGGUUUUGUCCCGGCAUGAGUUUUGCCUUGGCAAAUAUUGAGUACCCUUUAGCACAACUUCUCUAUCACUUUAACUGGAAACUUCCCCCUGGAAUGAAUACUAAUGAUAUGGACAUGAUCGAGGCACAAGGAAUAAGUGGAACGAGAAAAGAUAAUCUUCACUUGAUUGCCACACCCUACAACCCUCCUGUGGAAGGUUAAGGAAUCCAGUGAAAGGAGGCUUGAGAGCAGUUCUUGAUGCAAAUAAGCUUCACUAGUAGAAGUAAUUUCGCCCAAAAAUGCAUCAAAGUUUUUAAUUCCCUAUAUUAAUGUAUGCACUCUUAUUUACAAAGAUUUUCAUGUAUGUCUUUAUGUUCUUCCUUAGUAUGUCAUAUACUACUUCAGAACUGUGGGUUUCCGAU